AUGGUUUGGGGGUUUUAUGCCAACUUGAGGUUCACUGCUGGUAAUCACAUCCUUGUAAGAGGUAAGCAAGUUCAAUUUUCAAGAGAUAGGAUUAAUGUUUCUUAUGGGCUGAGGAAUGUAUUUCAUGAUGAAUAUGCUGCAUUGAUGAUUGAUUCAUCACUGGAUGAAGUGAUUGCCUAUAUGACUGAUGAAAGAGGAGAAUGGAGGAUUAAAAAUGAUAAGAAAGCCCCCCCCCCAGCCACUUGGUACGGCAGCCCCGACGGCGAUGGCAGCGACGGUGGUGCGUGCGGAUACGGAUCUCUGGUGGACGUACGACCUCUGCAGUCGCGGGUGGGUGCUGUGAGUCCGGUGCUGUUUAAGGAUGGGGAAGGGUGCGGUGCGUGCUACAAAGUGCGGUGUGCGGAUCACUCCAUCUGCUCGCGGCGCGCCGUCACCAUCAUCGUCACCGACGAGUGCCCCGGCGGCUACUGUGCCUUUGGCCGCACCCACUUUGACCUCAGUGGAGCCGCCUUCAGCCGCAUGGCCAUCGCCGGACAGGGCCCCGAGCUCCGCAACCGCGGCGAGAUUUCCGUCCUCUAUCGCCGUACUUCAUGCAAGUAUCGUGGGAAGAACAUAGCCUUUCACGUGAAUGAGGGUUCCACAAACUACUGGCUGUCACUUCUUGUAGAGUUUGAAGAUGGAGAUGGAGAUAUCGGUUCAAUGCAAAUAAAAACAUCAAGUUCCACUGAUUGGAAUGAGAUGAAGCAUGUGUGGGGAGCAAGUUGGUGCAUAAUCGGUGGGCCGCUGGUGGGUCCUUUCUCUGUAAAGCUGACCACUCUCACCACACAGAGGACACUAUCGGCAAGAGAUGUGAUUCCAAGGAAUUGGUCUCCCAAAGCAACAUACACUUCAAGCCUCAAUUUCUUUUAACAGCUUGAAUGAUGAGGAAGGCCAUCCAAUCUCCAAAAGAAUAGAAAGCAGUCGUUAGGUGGUGAUUUAGUCCUUUCUAUUGAGUAAAUGAACUACCUUUUGCAUAACGUUAAAAGAGUGGCGGUUACCCGGCGGCUAUAAUUUUAAUAACAAAAUGCUAUACUUCUCAAAAUUGCUACAUCAGCUGCCUUUUGGAAGCUAUGUUUGUAAAUGGCUUCUCAGAUUUAGCAUCCAACUUCUCAUUUUUUCACUACACUCAAAAAUAAGAUAUUUCACUCAUUGCUUUCUACUUUUAAGGUACUUUACCCUUAGAUUUUAUUCAGGGUGGAGUAUCUUAUGCCUGAGUGAAAUGAAUGUCUUAUUCCCGAGCAAGUAGAAGACGAAAAGUUGAAUGUGAACAAGACGAGUCAGGUACAAGUGUAUAUCCUCUUUGGCAUUGAUGUGGUGUCAAUUUGGGAAAUGUGGCAUUAACCAAUCUUAAUUUUUAUCCAUCUUUAUUUUUAGAAGUGUAAGAGUAAAUGUUGUAGUGGUACUGCAGCCUUCUCCUAAGGAGAGAGAGCUAGGUUAGUGCCACUAUGGCCUUUGGGUGCCUCAUUUUGGAUGGUAAAUCCGCCAUUCUUCGGUUGAGAAACCUGCUGUUAUGCAUUAAUUAGACAGUUUAUUUGAAGAUUUCUUAUGCUGGUUGGUGGAGCAUUGUAGCAGAACUUUAUUAGUUAUAGUUGUCUUUUUUUACUGUCCAC